GACUCUGGUGUGACUGCUCACGCGCUGAUGUGCGUCAGGUUGUCCCUUUGUCUCGGUGUGUCUCUGCUCGUCUUGUCCUCGUCUGGACACAUGGACUCGUCUCUGUGAGACUGCUCGAAUUCAGAGGUCUCGGUGGAGCAGCAGGACUCGACAGGAUGAUAUCCUCCUUCUACCACCCCGCGAAGGACGCAGACAUGGCGGCCACAAGCGAACCCCUCUGCCUGGAGAGAGAUGUUUGCAGGGUGAUUGAGCUGCUUGACCGGCUUCAGCGGACCGGGGAGCUGCCUCCUCCCAAACUGCAGGCCCUUCAGAGAGUCCUACAGAGCAAGUUCUGUGCUGCCAUCAGGGAGGUGUACGAGCAGCUUUACGACACUCUCGACAUUGUUGGAGGACCAGAGGUGCGAGCACAAGCUACAGCCAAGGCCACCGUGGCUGCCUUUGCAGCCAGCGAGGGUCAUGCCCACCCAAGGGUGGUGGAGCUGCCCAAGACUGAAGAGGGACUGGGCUUCAACAUCAUGGGGGGGAAAGAGCAGAACUCCCCCAUCUACAUCUCCAGAGUUAUUCCUGGAGGGGUAGCUGAUCGCCAAGGAGGGCUGAAGAGAGGAGACCAGCUGCUGUCAGUCAACGGAGUGAGCGUGGAGGCAGAACAACACGAGAAAGCCGUGGAGCUGCUAAAAGCUGCCCAGGGUUCGGUCAAACUGGUGGUCCGCUACACACCCAAGGUCCUGGAAGAGAUGGAGGCCCGCUUUGAGAAGAUGAGGAGCGCUCGGAGACGACAACAGCACAGCAGCUACUCAUCUCUGGAGUCCAGGGGUUGACUUAUCCAGUACCUCUACCCACCUGUGCACCCUGACCUGAGAUGACAGAACAAAGACAGAAGCAAAUAAAAACAAUAACCAAAGUAGCCUGUUAUCUGAAGCCAAUGUUGAAGUUUUGGAUUCUCUCCCAUCCCACUUCCUCAGACAUCAGAUCUGUAAGAUCACCUUGUACUGAAAUCAUCGUCUGAGUCCUCCCACCCAAGGCCUAGAGAUUACCUUUAGUGUUUGAGAAAAGAGCCCGCGCUCUGUCUCCUCUUGUUGUUUAACUUUACAAUGCAUUAAUCAGCAGUGCCAGAGUUUGCUGCAGACCUCAAUGGCAGAGGAAACACCUUCACACUCCUCCAUUACAGGUCUUUGAUACAAGGAUAACCAUUUGCAUCCCUGGCUGGUGAGAGUUGACUAUGAGUGGGAGAGUUUUUGGGUUGAUCUAUUUGUGUUUAAAGAACUGUCCAUUAAAUAAAUUGUAACCUUAAA